AUGGCGCUACCCAAUCUACGCCGGCUGUUCGUCGAAGCGCGCACGGAAGCCGAGGAAAAUGAGUACUCUCGAAACGCGUUCUACAACCUUGUUUUGUUCAUUUCCUCAGUAGCUGUCUUCAGCCUGGUGGCACAACGCAUGAGCAACAACAAAAGCAUCCGGUAA